AUGGCGCCUGCGUCGACUGCUCGCACCUCGGGGGAGCGGAAUGACAAUGGUCAAACUGGCUUAUCGUCGAUCUCCUCCCACGAAGCGGCCAGAGACUCAGGAAAGAUCCAGCCUAAAGCCAGUGAACCAGCUGGAAGCGCUCACGAGCUCAAAGGAAUUCGAUUUGUUCUUCUUCUUGCCUGCCUUUUCUUGGGUAAUUUCUUCGUUGGCUAUGACAGCAGCUGUAUAGGAACCUUGACUCCGCUUAUUACAGAUCAAUUUCACGCUCUGAACGAGCUUGGCUGGUACCAAACAGCAUACUUGCUCACCCUCUUGAGAACGCUGUACAUGGCAGCGUUCACCAUCUUUAGCAUCGGCUCAACCUUGACGGCAGCUGCACCAUCAUCGACGUUGUUUAUUAUAGGUCGCGCAUUGAGCGGACUGGGCGCGGCGGGCAUUGACUCGGGUGUCAGCAUCAUCAUCGCAAAUACCACCUCACUUGAACGUCGGCCUAUGUUUUCCGGUAUUUCCGGCGGCCUGGAGUGCACCGCGCUGGCCUUUGGCCCUUUGGUUAGUGGGGCCAAAGCCAACUCCACCACAUGGAGAAUCAGCUUUUACAUCCUCAUCCCCAUCGGAGUCGCCAUUAUUGUGAUGAUCUACUUCAGCAUCGGCCAUCUCCGUCAGCCCGACCACUCGGGACUUGGUAAUAAAGAAACACUAGCACUUAUCGACUGGGUCGGUCUGGUCAUCGAACUACUGAUGACUACGUGCUUGGUUUUAGGCUUACAAUGGGCCGGCAUGGUCUAUCCUUGGUCUGACUGGCGAAUCAUCCUCCUGCUCACCAUCACGGGCGUAAUGUUGGUCUGUUUCCUGCUCGUUGAGCAUAGAGCCGGAGAUAAUGCCAUGGUGUCUCUGAAAAUGCUACGGCAACGAACGGUCGCCUUCGCCAGCCUGACGGCAUUUUGCAACUUCUCUGCAUUAUGGGCUAUUUCGUUCUAUCUACCCUUGUACUUCCAAGCCGUACGAGGGGCAAGCGCGUUGAGCUCAGGUCUUAUGUACCUGCCCCUAGCUUUGACUAUGUCGAUAGCCGCCCUGCUAGGUGGGCCGAUCACGACCUAUAUCGGAUACUACAGUCCAGUCUUGAUGCUUGGGGGCGCUCUGAGCAUGAUCGGCACGGGCCUUAUGACCACCUUCCGACCAGACUCACCGGCUGGGAAGUGGAUUUCCUAUCAGAUCAUCUACGGUCUGGGCAUCGGCCUCAGCUUCCAACCCCCUUUCCUGGCCGUACAGAACGUACUGCAGGGCCCCGCAGUGUCGGCUGCCCUGAUAUUUUUGAACUCUGUACAGAUCCUCGGCGGCAUCAUCGUCCUCUCUGUUGCACAAAACGUUUUUCUCACGAGGCUGGUCAGCUAUCUGGACACUGUGUUGCCGCACCUAGACAGGAGUACAAUACUGAAUAAUGGUGCUGUUGGCCUGGUGGAUAGCGUUUCGGGAGCUCAUCGUGGACAAGUCUUGGCUGCUUACAACAAAGCGCUGGUGGAUAUCUUUUACAUCGCUUGGGGCUUUGCUGUAUGGCUAUUAUCAGCACCCUUGGCAUCGAGCUCAAGCGUAUUAAUACAGAAGGACAGCAACCAGACAGAUGAAAGCGACACCGCAAUGGCCGGCUGGCUAAAAAUAACUGUCAAGUUAUCGAUUUAG